AUGGAGUACACCGGCGCCCUCAGCGAGCGCGAGAAGACCGACCAGUUCCUGGACAAGAUGGACCUGGAGCGGGAGCGCGGCAUCACCAUCAAAGCCAGUCCGGUGCGGCUCAAGUACCGCUCCGCCGCCGGCGACGACUAUAUCCUGAACCUGAUCGAUACCCCGGGCCACGUGGAUUUCACCUAUGAGGUCUCCCGGAGUCUGGCCGCCUGCGAGGGGGCGAUCCUGGUGGUGGAUGCCGCCCAGGGAGUGGAGGCGCAGACCGUGGCCAACGUCUAUCUGGCGCUGGACAACGACCUUCAGGUGCUUCCGGUCAUCAACAAGAUCGAUCUGCCGAGCGCCGAUCCCGAGAGGGUCAGGCAGGAGCUCGAAGACGUCAUCGGCCUGGACGGCUCCCAGGCCAUCCUGGCCAGCGCCAAGCACGGCAUCGGCACCGAGGCCGUGCUGGAAGGCAUCGUAGCCAACUUUCCGCCCCCCGGAGGUGAGCGGGAGAAGCCGCUACGCGGGCUGAUCUUCGAUAGUUGGUUCGAUCCCUAUCACGGCGCGGUGAUCCUGCUGCGCAUCUUCGAAGGGAGCGUCCGCACCGGCGAUUCCAUCCGCCUGAUGUCCACCGGCGGCGUGUUCGAGGUCAGCCGGCUGGGUAUCUUCGCCCCGGGUCCGGUGGAGGUGGAGAGCCUCGGUCCGGGCGAGGUGGGCUUUCUCAUGGCCGCCAUCAAGGACCUCCACGAGGCCCGCAUGGGCGACACGGUGACCCUUCACAGGCGGCCCACCCAAGAACCACUGACGGGUUUUCCGCCCUUGAAGCCCAUGGUGUUCAGCGGCCUCUACCCGGCCGACUCGGGUCAGUACCAGGCACUGAGGACCGCGUUGGAGAAGCUCAGCCUGAACGAUUCGUCCUUCACCUUCGAGGCGGAGGCGUCCCAGGCCCUGGGCUUCGCUUUCGCUGCGGGUUUCUGGGUCUGCUGCACAUGGACAUUGUGCGCGAGCGGGUGGAGCGGGAGUUCGCCUGGCGCUCAUCACCACGGCGCCCACCGUGGUCUAUCAGGUCACCACCCACGCGGGGGCGGUGCUGGCCAUCGACAGUCCGGUGGCUUUCCCCGACGAGGCCGACAUCGAGAUGAUCGAGGAACCGUUCAUCCUGGCCACAUCCAUGUUCCCCGGGACUAUCUCGGGGGCGUGCUCAAGCUGUGCGAGGAAAAGCGGGGGAUUCAGCAGGAGGUGCGCUACUCGGGCCUUAACCGGGCCAUGGUCACGUACGAGCUUCCGCUGAACGAGAUCAUGUACGACUUCUACGACCGGCUCAAGUCCCUGAGCCGCGGUUACGCUUCCAUGGACUACGAGAUGGUGGGCAUGCGGCCCGCGAAGCUGGCCAAGCUGGACGUCCGCAUCAACGGCGACAUGGUGGAUGCCAUGUCGCUGAUCGUGCACCGUGACAAGGCGUACGUGCGGGGGCGGGACAUGGUGCAACGCAUGCGCGAGCUGAUCCCGCGGCAGCUCUUCGAAGUGGUGAUCCAGGCGGCCAUCGGCGGCCGCAUCAUCGCCCGGGAGUCGGUGAAGGCGCUCCGCAAGAACGUCACCGCCAAGUGCUACGGCGGUGACAUCACGCGCAAGCGCAAGCUCCUGGAAAAGCAGAAGGAGGGCAAGAAGCGCAUGAAGUCGGUUGGGCGGGUGGAGAUACCUCAGGAAGCGUUCCUGGCAGUGCUGAAGGUCUAG